GAGAGGUUGGAAUCAACGAUGUCAUGGUUAGCAAGGACAAUCGCAAACUCACUCAGACUCGACGACGAUGAACAAGAAGAAGGAAACCCUCACAACGACAAUGGCGGUGACCUGAAAUCCCCUCCAAAGAAAUCUGAAUCAGAUGCCAUUCAACCCGAUUCGCAAUUGCAAUCACAAUCUGAAUCAUCUUCAUCUCCAUCUACUCCAAGUCCCACCGGACGUGGCGUCAAAGAGGAUAUCUCUGAGCUCACCAAAUCCAUUUCCCGCCAAUUAUGGGGAGUCGCCUCUUUCCUCGCCCCUCCCGCUGAUCCUCAAACUCAUAUCUCCGAUCCCAAUCCUGUCGAUGAAGACCUUAUUGCUGGAAUCCGAAGCGAUUUCGCCGAGAUUAGUGGCAGAUUUAAGAGUGGGAUCUCGAAGCUUUCUGGUAAUAAGACAGUAUCCGAAAUCACGAAGAUCGCAUCGAGUUUCCUUCAACUUGGAUCCGAAGAGGAAUACGAUCUCGACGGUGUGGUUGGAGUGAACGAGGAGGUAGUGGCCUUUGCGAGAGACAUAGCGAUGCAUCCGGAGACAUGGCUAGAUUUUCCUCUUCCCGAUUCUGAUGAUUUUGAUUUGUCCGAUCCACAACAAGAACACGCUCUAGCUGUUGAACAUCUGGCUCCGAGAUUAGCUUCUCUUAGAAUGGAACUUUGCCCUGGAUACAUGAGCGAUGGUUGCUUUUGGAAGAUUUACUUUGUACUCCUGCACCCUAGACUCAAAAAAAGUGAUGCUGAUCUUUUAUCAACCCCAGAAAUACUGGAAGCUAGAGCAAUGUUGACUCAGACUUUAGACAAAAGAAGUAAGGAGAAGAAAGAGUCAGACUUUUCUGCAAGAAGCACUGUUUCCUCAAAAGAGGAGGAACAACAUCUCUUUGUGCCAAGCAAUGCUCAACUUGAAUCAGCACCUCUUCAGACCUCUGCUGCUGAAGCAGCCCCAUCUAUGGUUGUAUCUGAUGUUGAGAUGGAGAAACAGCACGUUCAAAGUACUUUAACUCAGAUUAUUGACAAGUCUGUGUUUAAAGAAACACCUAUAAAUGCAACUGCAGAACAAUCAUGGUCUGGUUCAACAAAUAGAUUUUUGGAUGAAACAUAUGAGGAUGAUACUGAUGAUUGGUUGAAAGAGGAUAGUUCUGAAAUGGUUGGUCGCAGUGGAACUUCCCUUCAUACUGGUAAUGAAGAGGAUGUGUCAUUCAGUGAUCUUGAGGAGGAGGAUGGUGAUGCAGAUGCAAGUUAUAAAAAAAAUAGAUCAGGUUCUGAUUCUUCAACAAAAGACUCACGAGAUUGGGUUCAGUUAGAUAGAAGUUCACCUCACUUUGAUAAGGAUAUAAAUUCCGUUGAAUGCAGACAUGCUGGUUCUGAGCAGUCAAGUGCUCGUACAUCUAUGACCAAGGAUUCCAAUGAUUGGCUUAACGUUGAUGACAAUGAUGUAAUAUGAUAAUGCCACGGAAAAUGUCCUAGAGGUAAGUUUUUUUUAUAUGACUCUUGUAUUUUUGUAAAUAUUUGCAUAUAGUCCCUGUACUCGAUGAAUAACUUCUGAAAAAUGUGUGUGUACAUAAAGCCAGUUUCCGGCAUUGUCCAAUGUGUGGUUAUUACUGCACCGUACAUAAAUUAAAUCUUCGAUUUGGUAUUGAAUUCCAAGUUAUUUGAGAUUAUUAAUACUUUUAAUUGACUGAACUUGUUUUUAAACGAUCUUAAAUGUAACCUGGCAUGAUAUUAUUAGUAACAGCCAUGAUGAAUAUUUAUUUAAUUGAUCAUGAGAAUAACUACGCUUUAUAAAAAUAGAGGGAAUAUAGCGAUUGAAAUAUAUAAGCAAGGGUAAAACUUUGUUUUUAUAAUAAGCUGGUGUUGUCAAUAGUAAAAUUUCUAAGCAUGUGAUGCAUAAUCUUAGGGCUAUUUCGUUCGGAGAUAGCUAGAUGUUUCUCUUAAACACCACCUCACACUGAAGAACUUGCAUCCCCAUAAUUACAGGUAUUAACAUUGCUGUUGUGCCUAAAGAUCAGAACUCUGAAGUCCUAAUUUCUAAUGCUUAAUAAUAUAGUUCAUCAUUAGUUUUAACUCGCUGCUAUUUUGGCUUUGGUAGUUUGGUUUAAUUGGGAUUUUUGAAUUUCUGAGAUUAAGAAACCUACAAGUGAAGUAGAAAUUAAUCGGCAUCAUUCCUGCUCUUGUCAAUGUCAUACUGUCGACAUCCUUCUUGGUGUUAGGUUUUUAUAUUUUAAUUUAAAAAAUACAGUUGAUCUUUGAAAUGUGGCAUGCCGGUUGUUGUGUUACUGGAAUUAUCCUGCUUAUCAGUUCUAUUGUAGCUUUGAUUUAAAUUGCUGGAUUGGGUAUAUUGACGCCAUUGCAUACUGCUCUUGUAAUUGUCAUACUCCCUACACCCUCUUGGCUUUAUUUUUCUUAAUCUUGAUUUAAAAACUAUAAUUGAUAUAUGAGA